GUUAAAUGUUAAAUAAUCUUAGUCUGUAUGACAGAUCCUACUAUUUUUUGUGGGAACCCAGUCAGCUAGAUGCAUAUUCUUUAGCCACAUACCAUUCCUUGUUGGAUAUUUAAGAGGAAACCUGAAAGACAAUGACAACAAUACUAAACUAACUUGAUAUUGAACAUAUUUGAAAAUAUAAAUAAAAAAAUAUCACACCCGCCACUGGCAAAUGA